CGCUUGGUAACAGUACGUAGCGUUUCUGUAAGAGAACAUCUUGAUUCGAUACUACGACGAUAAGAGCCACAACAUUUCUUGUUUGCAUUAAGUAGGGUGUGAUCACGUUCUUAGGGAUAUACAUCGUUGUAACAUCAAUCUGAAGAGGCCUAAAUUUUAAGGCGUUAACAACAAUGAAAGAUUUAACGGGAAACGGUUAACUCGAAAGCCCUACCGCAACCAGUUUUCAAGUUCCGUGAAAUAUUUUAACCAACCGCCGAGCAGUAAACAUAGGGGAAAAGCGGCCUUUAGGAACUGGCACAUGUAAUACUAAUAGUUAGGAAUUUGGACUUUGGAAUUACGUGUUGUGUUGGUAAAUGAAACCAGACACAUUGCAGUUGUCAUAAAAACCGACGGAUUGAGAGAGAGAGAAAAAAAAAGAGAUGGACUGGCUGGUCUAAAGUUUAAUCAUACCAAGUCAAGCACGGUAGAACAGGUGGACGUCUCACUUGUUGUAACGACCCCUUUCCGGAUUACCCGAUUGUAGGGAACUUUAGGGCCUAUUUAAAUAGUAGAUGUAGUGGUGAUAUUAAAAAGUUUCGGUCAAAUGUAUCUGUAGAUCCUGUCUCGUAACGUAAUAUAGUUUGUAUCGAAAUCAUGAUAAUUUUACGAACCUUCCUCCCUUGGUGGCAUAUAAUCAGUGCUAUGAUUAUCAUCUUGGUAGAUGUCUGUGAUUCUGCUGGUAUGUCCAGUGACAGCUGCGACUGGUAUGGAAGCGGAUUACUUCAAGAAGAAAGAGAAGUUCAAUCAGUUUAUCUCCGGUGUGGUCAAGGUAGAAUUCAGUGGCAAUACCCGCGAGGAGCGCUGCGAUUAGUGCUACGCCAUGGUUUUUCUGGUCGUGAUUUCUUCGGUUGUCUUCGAACGGACGCCCAAUUUAGUGGAGCUAAUAUUUAUGUUGAAGGGCACAGGAAAUUACACUCUCUUUUUACGAAAACUGAUGGAAAGCAUCCAGAGCUAUUUCGAUGCUUUACUUCGUACCUCGGCAAGGUGGCUCUUUACGUGGAAGCGGAGCAAACAAGUAAAGGACUGCAUAAAGAGGUGGCAUCAUUCAGCUAUGAUUUGCAGCUUGCAUCGCCUCAUUCUCUGAGAGACGAAUUUCAAGAAUGUCGCCCUUGUACAGAAGACGAAUUAUUGCAGAAAUUCUGCACAAGUGACUUUGCAAUUCAAGGAACAGUGGAUACGCUUCGUCAUCAAAAUGACCUUCAGCGAUCCGAACUAGAAGUACGAAUAACUCGGAUCUACAGAAAGAAUGAUACUUCUCAGCUUAUGCCCAAAUCGAACCAACUUGAACCAAACCAUACCAUUCUCUACAGGCCACUAAAAUGUGGUACUCAAGCAGCUACUGGUAGUUUUCUUUUUUUGGGAAGGUGGAUAUUGGGGAUUCCCGUCAUUCAGUGCGCGCCAAGAAUAACAGAAUGGCAAAAAGUAAGAAGAAAAGCCAUUCUUCAUGGAAAACACCAAUGCCAAUUAGAUUGAUUACCUCAUUCAGUUAUUUUGCGAUCAAGAACAGAAAAGUGACUAAAAAAAUCUGUGAUUCAAUAAAGAUAUGACUUUGGAUUAUAUUUCAGAUAUGUAUUAAACAGAUAUUUAGUGGAGAAGCGUGCGCUUUCUAUAUACUUUGAAAGGCACUGAAAAAUGCCACUGUUACCUAUGAUGAUAGUCAGAGAACAAGUUUUGUUUUCAGCGAAUAGUGGAAGUCCAAUUUUAAUCUCCAGUGAAAUAUAGUGUAACUGUUUCCCGCAAGGUAAAAAAAAAAAGGUUUCGAUUGCACCCAGAAAUUAUCCCGACAAGACUGGAAUCAAGUUAAAAAGCAAAAAAAUGUACAAGAACUAUGGGCUUAACUAUCUUAGGGGGCAAAACAAAAAAAAAGAGUAAUUUAAUUGCCGUAAGAAGAAGAAUGUAAUGAUCAUUGGAAUCUAUGUUUAAUGUGUAAAUAUCCUCAAAUGAUUAACUACAAAAUAGUAUAUUGACCUAAAUUGUACAUAAUAAUGAAUAAAUAGUAUUAUUAAACAAUUUAA